CAUUGCAAUCGAUAUUUUCCAUAUGUACCCCAAACGAGUGGGUGGAAAAAAUAAUAACAAAAUUUGUUAAAAUAACAAAACAAGGGAAACUUCUUCUCAUGGCUGCCAAGCACGAAGACAUUCGGGAUAAAAUCGAGAGUGGUGUCUAUAAACUCGCAACGAAUGACAAAAGCACACGCAGCACUGUGUGGCGCGUGUAUCGAAAGAUUGAAAAAGAAGACGGCAAUAUAUUGGAACAUGUCUUGUAUUGCAUUGGAUGCAAAAAUCUGAUGUCGUUUACGCACAAAUCCACAACAAAUCUACGACGCCACAAGUGCCAUUUGCAAUACCUGAAGAAGCAGGCGUAUUGUAAUGGAUAUGCCGACGCCAACAGCACAAAGGAAUGGUUCAAAGAUGCUGAUGGAGAAAUGACUGUGGAAGAUAUUUUGUUGGAGGCUGAGGCUGAGCUUAAAGUGGACAACGAGGAAAUCUCUGAGGCACAGCCGAUGACAGAAGAGUUAGACAAGAAACCUACGCCGACGGACGUAGCGGCGUUUAUUGCUCUCAGAGGUGCGGGGACUACAGCUGAGUCAAGUGAUGUCAGCCGUGAUAGUGCACCACUUUUCCAACUAACCAAAAACAACGACGAUCCACUUAAUGUCGGUGCCUCAGUCUUUUCAAGCUCAAGUUCACGCCCCUCAGAUGUCUUUGUAUCUCACGAUGUCAGUGGGGCCGAAGAGUCGGCCAUAUAUGCACAAACAUGGUCCUUGGAAUAUCGCAAGCUUACAGAAGAUCAAAAAUUCUAUGCCAAACGAGCUAUUGAUGAGAUCUUUGUGCUGGGACGCUUACGACGUUUAACGCUUAAUACGGUGCCAUCGGUAACCGAGUGAAAUGCUCUCCAAUAUUAUAUAGAAUGUACAUAUAUAGGAUAAAUUUAUGUAAAUUGUACUCAUGUAAAUAAUUAUGUAUAUACUCUAUUUAUUUGAUCAAUUCAAUGGUUUUCAUUGUUAAGGAAAAAUAAAUAUAGAAUUGUAG